CGAGCAGCUGCUCGCAUGUAUCGGCAGUAUGUGGUUAGACGAGGUGGAUCACAAGCGGCGGUAUAUUCCGACUACCGCGUUUUUCUACGCAUACAUAAUAUGUAUCAGAGCCAUUGCCCGAAGCAGAAACAUAUCCCAUCCUUCAGUGCACACAAUACUACGCUCGGAGAACAUGCAUCCUUGCCAUUUACAAAAAGUACAAGAAUUGCUUCCAAGCGGCUAUGCAUAACGGAUUGAAUUUUGUGAGAUUAUGUUGAGAAGGUGCGAAGAGGAUGAAACUUUUUUCGACAGCAUCUUAUGGACAGAUGAAUCAUUUAACUUUAACCGAAAUAGAAUAUUCAACAUGCACAAAUUCCAUUCAUGGAGCGUGGAAAAUCCACACACUAUUCGUAGACGAGCUUUCAACGACACUUCGGCG